GCGAGCGGUGAGCGGUCCGUCAGUGCGCUCGCAGCCCCCGGGAGCGCGGGAUGGGUGGCGCGCUGCUGCUCGCGCUGCUGGCGGCGGCGCGGGCCGGCGAGCCCAACGCGACCGACCUGUACCCCGACCUCGCCGACUUCGCGACCGACCUGACCCCUGAGCCCGAGGCCGACGAGAAGACCCCGCUGUUCCCCGACGACUUGUUCACGGAGGAGCAGCGCCGCUCGGGUGCCGUCGUGCUCCACGUGAUCGGGAUGGGGUACAUGUUCGUCGCGCUCGCGAUCGUCUGCGACGAGUUCUUCGUGCCAGCGCUGGACGUCAUCAUCGAGCGGCUCGCGAUACGAGACGACGUCGCCGGCGCCACGUUCAUGGCGGCGGGCGGCUCUGCCCCGGAACUGUUCACUUCCAUCAUCGGCGUAUUCGUCUCUUUCGACGACGUCGGCAUAGGAACGAUCGUCGGCUCCGCCGUCUUCAACAUAUUGUUCGUGAUCGGUGCGUGCGCUCUGUUCUCCCGUACGACCCUCUCCUUGACAUGGUGGCCCCUGUUCCGCGACUGCACCUUCUACUCCGUCAGCCUGCUCGUGUUGAUAUACUGUUUCCGUGAUAACGUGAUAUACUGGCAGGAGGCCUUGGUACUGUUCUCGUUGUACGGCGCGUACGUGAUGUUCAUGCGGUGGAACCAGCCGGUGGAGCGCGCGCUCAAGAAGCUGAUAUACAAAAACAAGGUGACCCGAGUCCGGAGUACGGAUCAGCUGAUGCCCACGCACCAGACUGCCGCUCAGACUUUGCACGGGAACGCGACGACGUCGAGCGAGACCUCAGUGGGCACAAACACAGCGACGGUGACCGCGACGCCGGGGUCGAGCAAGGCGCCCCCGCCGGCCGCCAAGUUUCGUCAUGGUUUGCUGCAGCUCAUGAUACACACCAUCGACCCUAUGCACGACGGUGAGUUAGGUAAAGUAGACGAGAAGGCGACGCAACUGCACGCGAUCGCUUCACUCAAGGUGCUGCUGGAGGCGACCAAGCCGACGGCAGGAGGCGCCGGGGCGGCGGCCGCGAGGAACUCGGCGGCGGCUGCCCAGGCCAAGGAGACGCCCCUUGACCUCCCCAAUGGAGGUCUCGCGGACGUCCAGUUAGAUGCUAUAGAAGAAAUUGGAGACCUGGAGGACGACACGACGCCGCUGGACAUGUCGUGGCCCUCCGGCUUCCGCAAAAGGCUGACGUACCUGUUGGUCGCUCCCAUUGUCUUCCCACUUUGGAUGACCCUCCCGGACACGAGGACGCCGAGAGGGAAGAAGUUUUAUCCUAUAACAUUUAUAGGAUCGAUAGUAUGGAUAGCGUUUUUCUCCUACCUCAUGGUGUGGUGGGCGAACCUAGUGGGGGCGGCGGCGUACGUGCCCCCCGAGGUCAUGGGGCUGACGCUCCUGGCCGCGGGGACCUCCGUGCCGGACCUCAUCACGUCUGUGAUCGUCGCCAGGAAGGGCUUCGGGGACAUGGCCGUCUCCAGCUCUGUUGGCAGCAAUAUUUUUGAUGUCACUGUUGGGUUACCUCUACCGUGGCUUCUAUACGGGAUUAUAUACGGAGAACCAGUCCUGGUGAACUCCAAGGGCAUGGUGUGCAGUAUCGUUCUGCUGUUCGCCAUGCUCAUCUUCGUCAUCAUCAGCAUCGCCUGCUUCAGGUGGAAGAUGAACAAGGGUCUCGGCUUCACCAUGUUCCUCCUCUACUUCGUCUUCGUGGCCGUCAGUUUGGGUCUCGAAUACGGAUACCUUCGAUGCCCGAGCGAAUAAGCCGUGAAGUUAUUUUUAGUAGAAUCAAAGACUUAUAGCAACUGUCGUUCGAACUCAUGUAGUGCGAUACAGCUAAAUUAUAGCGUGAGUAACAUUCAGUCAAAUCUGGUUAAGUUGUGAGUUUGCGACUAUACUUUACACACGGAGAAAAGUUCAUAUAAGGCUCUCUCUGUUACGCAAUCCCAAUACAAAUGAAAAAGACAAAAAGUCAGUAUUUUGAGUUACCAAUUUUAAUGACAAACAUAGGUUAUGUUUUCCGUACUCUUAGAGUAGUAUAGAGUCAUGUUUUCCUUGUAGAGUGAGUCCUGUAUUAACUUCUCUCCGUGGAUAAAGUACAGAGUAAGUUUGCAGAAAAUAAAAAUUGCUCAUUUCAAAUACUCUGUUUUAUAUCAGUUAAAAACUUAUUUUCGAAUCAAUCCAAAAUUUGAUGGAGAUUUCACUUAAAAUCCAGUUCAUCAAUUUCUGAUUAAGUUUAAUUUAUCGUUCUUUGGGCGAGUAAAAGACCUACUGAACCAGAUUUAACUCUUUUACUGCUAUAGUAACAUCGGAUUGCGUUGAAACUAAUUUAUUGUGUUCAUUAAUUUCAUAGAAAGUAGGAUAUUUAUUUAAUUAGUUAGGUACAUUUUUUAUAAUUUGGAUUUAAAAGCCAAAUAUGCACAAAAAAUAAAGAAAUGCAAAAAACACAAUAAUAUACAAUAAAGAGUAAAUAUGAAUCAAAUAUGGAUGAGGAUACUAUUUGGAAGAAUAUUAUGAAUAAAUCCAAAUAAUGUUCAGUAAAAUUAAUAAAACCAACGAUAUAACCGAAAAUGAUAAUUACCUAGAACUACCUACUAUAGUAUUAUGAUCUUGCUGUGUUUCAAACAUCUAUUGGUCUCCAUAUAAUAUUAAAAUUAAAUAGGCCUUUUAGAAUCUAAGAAACUUGUUCAUUUUUGCGUAAGAAUUUACUUUGUUUUUCGUACGAAUUGUAUUUAUUAAUCAUGUUAAUUUAUUUUAUUAGAAAGUUUACAGUGGUUUUUUAAAAGAAAUACCAAUCAAUAAUAUUGAACUGGAAUUUCUUUUAGCUUUUACGUAUUUUUAAUACAAAUAUGACGCUCAAGCUAUGUAACAUGAUAGUUUUUUUCAGGUUUUAUUAUAAUUUAAUAUUUGAAUGUCUUUGAAAAUUUAGCACAAAUAGAUGUCGAAUAACAUAAAGUUAAGAAAUUCUACAAAAAAGUAUUCAGUGUAAACAAUUGAACAUAUUUCUAAGAUUCAACAUUUUCUUGAGUGAACAAUAGAGUUUUUUU